UGCUACCCUAUAAGCUUCGUUAAUGGCCUUUCAGAUCUCAAAAAACAAAAUCUAAACCUUAAGGACGUAAAUCCAAGCUAAACUCAAGAGCCAAAACGAGAUAAAUUUCCAUCUUUUCUUUCAAAACCUCAAAAGGUUUCAUUUUUUUUGUUAUGUGUGUUGUUUUUUCUUUUCUUUUCGGGCUUUCAUUAAUGCAUAAGAAAAUGGAGUUUCCGUUCCCAGAUGAGGUGCUUGAGCACAUCUUCUCGUUCAUACAAUCGGAUAAAGACCGGAACUCGGUGUCGAUGGUGUGUAAAUCGUGGUACGAGAUCGAAAGGUGGUGUCGGAGGAAAGUGUUUGUGGGGAAUUGCUACGCCGUGAGCCCUCGGAUGGUGAGCAGACGGUUCCCGGAGUUUAGAUCCAUUGAGCUGAAAGGGAAACCGCACUUCGCGGACUUCAAUCUAGUUCCCGACGGAUGGGGUGGUUACGUGUUCCCAUGGAUCGUCGAGAUGGCCGGCGCUUUCCCUUGGCUCGAAGAGAUUAAGCUUAAAAGGAUGGUAGUUACCGACGAAAGUUUGGAGCUUAUUGCUAAGUCGUUUAAGAAAGUCAAAGUGUUGGUUCUUUCAUCUUGUGAAGGGUUUUCAACUGAUGGACUUGGCGCCAUUGCUGCUAGUUGCAAGAAUCUGGAAGAGCUGGACUUGGUAGACUGCGAAGUGGAUGAUUUGAGUGGGCACUGGCUCAGUCAUUUCCCCGAGUCGUACACGUCCCUGGUGUCUCUCAACAUUUCUUGCUUAGUGUCCGAUGAAGUUAGUUUCUCGGCCUUGGAGCGCCUGGUGGGUAGAUGUACCAACCUUAGGACGCUUCGGCUCAACCGUGCGGUGCCCCUGGAUAAGGUUGCCGACAUUUUGCGUCGUGCACCGCAGCUGGUUGAGUUUGGCACUGGUACCUACGCUGCGGAGCUAAGGCCAGACGUCUACUCGGAUUUGGCUGGAGCAUUUUCUAGUUGCAAGGAACUAAAGAGCUUGUCUGGAUUUUGGGAUGUGGUCCCGGAUUACCUUCCAGCCAUUUACCCUGUCUGUUCUAAAUUAACAUCGCUGAACUUGAGCUACGCUACAAUUCAAAGUCCCGAGCUUAUCAAGCUUGUAAGCCACUGUCCGAAUUUGCAACGCCUAUUGGUGCUUGAUUACAUUGAAGAUAGUGGCCUUGAAGCGCUCGCAUCUAGUUGCAAGGAUUUGCAAGAGUUACGCGUGUUUCCAUCUGAUCCAUAUGGUGUAGAGCCAAAUGUGUCCUUGACAGAGCGGGGCCUUGUUGCCGUAUCUUCGGGUUGUCCUAAGCUUAUGUCAGUUUUGUACUUCUGCCGCCAGAUGUCUAACGAGGCAUUAGUCACCAUUGCCAAGAAUCGUCCCAACUUCACACGUUUUCGUCUUUGUAUAAUUGAGCCUAGAACAGCGGAUUACCUGACCCAUGAGCCACUUGAUGUUGGUUUUGGAGCCAUUGUUCAGUACUGCAAGGAACUCCAGCGCCUUUCCCUCUCUGGUCUCCUCACAGAUCGUGUGUUCGAAUAUAUAGGGAAAUAUGCGAAAAAGCUCGAGAUGCUAUCUGUGGCUUUUGCGGGAGAUAGUGAUUUGGGACUCCACCACGUGCUUUCUGGGUGUGAAAGCCUCCGGAAACUGGAGAUUAGGGACUGUCCCUUUGGGGACAAGGCUCUUUUGGCCAAUGCUGCAAGGCUGGAGACAAUGCGAUCCCUUUGGAUGUCUUCUUGCGCUGUGAGUUUCGGAGCAUGCAAACUUUUAGGUCAGAAGAUGCCAAGGUUGAAUGUUGAAGUUAUAGAUGAGAGGGGACCUCCGGAUUCAAGACCAGAAAGCUGCCCGGUUGAUAAACUCUACAUAUAUAGAACCAUUGCCGGGCCAAGGUUUGACAUGCCUCCUUUUGUUUGGACAAUGGAAGAUGAUCCAUCAUUGCUGCUUUCUUGAGAAAUCUCCCGUGAAGCAAAUAAUAUAUUCACAGCGCAUUCAAUCUCGAGAGUGAAUGUACCAGACCUGAUUGGAGUGGGAAGAUAAAUAUGGAGGCCGUACAAAAACUGAGGUCUUGUUUGCCAUUCAUUUCACUCGUCUGAGCUAUCGAGUACCGAGUAACGAUUAAUAAAGAGAUGGAAGCACAGGUGGUUGUUGAUCGAUCAAAGGUUUUAUUUGUUCCCCAAUGUUUACCAUCUUAUAUAAACUUACAUAAUCUGGGAUGUUUAUCAUGCA